AUGCGAUGCUCAUUUCUGCCCCACUUCACCGCCGUUCCGGUUGCGCUCCUUGCCCUUGUCCCUCUUUCCAUCCACUCCCUUGCCAUCAUUGCCUCCCUCCUCACCGAGCUCGUGUUCGUAGUCGUUGUGCUGUGUGUCAUCCACCUGAUUGCUGUGCUGCUCACCGUCAUCCUGCCUGUUGUGCAGACCCUUUGUAGCACCCAUCCAGCUCACGUCUCUCGACUUAUUGAUGAGCAAAGCUUGGGUCGACAUGGCGAGCAGGACGGCGACAAGGAUCGGGACAACGAUGACCAGCACACGCCAACUGUCAUCUUCUACCGCUACACCAGUACACCAGCACUGUGCCUAUUGGCCAUCCAGCCCCAAAAGCCUGUCUCACAGGUCCUUGCAACGUCGAAGAUGAUGUCUCGGGAUGUGGGCCGGCAAACGUCGGACACGCCACACACCCCAGCUUGCCUGUACCCAUCCGCAGCGGCUGCAGUCCCCAGCUCCAUGGCACCCGACCUCCCUCCACUGCUUCGCCCACCCGCCCACGUCCCCACCCAUCUUGUCCCAUCUGCACUCCACCUGCCCUUCUGCUGGUGUUUGUGGGGUCGUUCAGACCUACAACAAGACAUCCACAAAACCUGGGGCGAGUUCAUCCUCACUGUUCCCUCCUUCUGCAAAACAUCCCCCUCUGCGCUGCUCACCACUCCCAUUUUCAGCCCAUGA